AUGUCCUCAGAACGCCGAUUUUUCUUUCUUCAGGACUCCUUGCCUGCCACAUACAUCGACAGCCUUCUGGCUCGCGUCGUGAAGUCAAAGACGUCUCCCCCGGACUGCUUUGCACCGCACUCAUCACCAGGCGUGCCACCUCAUAACACAAACGACAUUAUCCUCUCCAUUCUCCUGGAGCCAAAUACCUCUUCCCAGCCCGUCAAUCGCGGCGUAAUUACACCCCAGCGGGGCAUAAAUGGCCAGCUAAGUAUACUCUGCAAGGCCGAGCUGCAUAAAUAUAAGGAGCAGUCUCUCUCGCUCGAGUGCGACAAGUUGAGACGUUAUACUAUCCCAAACCCCAACCUCGUCUUCCAAAGACUUAUGGCGAACGAGCAUUACAAGACUGAUGUUCACUUGGGUCCUCGCCCUGGCACGGCCACGGUGCGCCUACAUGAUCACCAGCUUUCUCGUCGCUGUCAACCCAAAACUGACCACAAAAUUGAAGACAGAACGAGGCGACGUGGCCAGUGCCUCAUCCUCAAAUAG